GUGUCCUUGAUGUCUCCCUGAAAGUUCAUGAUCUCUACACCUGUUUCUUUCAUCCCCAGGUGAUGUUAAUCUUCUAUUUAUUUUGGCACUGUAAAUCUAAGUUCAUGUAGUUUACUCAGAGAUUGCUCUCUAAAUUUUGGUCUGUAGUUGUCCUUCACAAAAAGCAGAGGGGAAAAAAUGUGUGAUAUGUGUGCAUGUGUGUGUGUGUGCGUGUGUGUGUGUCCUGUUGGUGGUAGUGCUGGUGGUUAUACAGCAAGUAGGGACUUCCUCUUUGAACAGUUGCCUUUGCCUCUCACACAAGUUUUCAUUUUGUUUGAGACUGGAUAGUUGAAACCAAACCACACACCAAGAAAGGGUAUGAUGGCGAAGAAGCCCCCAAAACCAGCCCCUCGCAGGAUCUUCCAAGAAAGAUUAAAGAUGACUGCUCUACCUUUGUACUUUGAAGGCUUUUUAUUAGUCAAGCGAUCGGAAUACCAUGAAUAUAAACAUUAUUGGACAGAGUUGAGAGGAACUACACUUUUCUUUUAUACUGACAAAAAAAGUACAAUAUAUGUUGACAAAUUAGACAUACUAGACCUUAUACGCCUUACUGAACAGAAUUCAGCUGAAAAGACUUGUGCAAACUUCACCCUUGUUUUGCCAAAAGAGGAAGUGUGUCUGAAGACAGAGAACACAGAAAGUGGGGAAGAAUGGAGAGGCUUCAUUCUUACAGUGAAAGAGCUGUCUGUGCCCCAACAUCUGUCACUUCUACCUGGGCAAGUGAUUAGAUUGCAUGAAGUCCUGGAGAAAGAAAAGAAAAGAAGGUCUGAGAUAGAGCAGCUACCAGGUACAUCUGUGGAAAAACAGAAGGAAUCAAUUGAAGAACAUGUGGAUGCACUGAACCCUAUGCCAGCAUGUUUUUAUAUAGUUUCCCGGAAAGAAGCAACUGAGAUGUUGGAGAAGAAUCCUUCCUUGGGAAAUAUGAUCCUGAGACCUGGUAGUGACAGUAGAAACUACUCCAUCACUAUCCGACAGGAGACACACAUGCCAAGAAUCAAGCACUACAAAGUAGUAAGCACAGGAGAAAACUACACUAUUGAAUUGGAGAAACCUGUCACACUCCCAAGCCUUUUCAAUGUCAUUGAUUAUUUUGUGAAGGAGACUGGAGGAAAUUUACGACCAUUUAUUUAUUCUACUGAUAAUAACUUUGGCCAAGAACUCAACACUGAAGGGACAAGUAAGAAGUUGAAGAAAAAUCCAUAUGUUGCAUGAAAUAAAAUGUGGAAAACUGCCUUCAUAUAUUUUAGUAAUUUGUAUUUUCAAAAGGAGUAUCUCACUUUUAAAUAGAAUUACCUCCCACUCUUGAUCCUGAUUUCCAAGUCAUUCACUUAUACCCUAAUAAAAAAUGUAGCACAUGAUUUAAUUAAUUUAUUGGAAUGAAAUCAACUCACAGGGAAACCACAAGCUAUGAAUGUGGUGUAACUUGCUAAUACAUACAU